AUGGCUAGGACGAUGGGAUUACUUCAGGCUCUUCGUAGUGAGCGAGCAGAAGGAGAAAGUGUUACAGAACCUAUAGAAGCUACGGACGAGCAAGAGAACGAAGCCGGUGAAGAAGGUGAUACUGAUGGUGAGAAUGAGGGUGAUCUGAAUGGUAUUGCUGUCGAAGAAGAGGUUGUCGAGGAUUUAAGCGCUCACUUUGGAGAUGAUACACACAACGAGGGUGAUGUUAGUGACGGAGACAGUGGGGAUGACAUUUGGGAUGAUGAUAAAAUUCCAGACCCAUUGUCGUCUGAUGACGAUGAAGAAGAGUAUGAGCGUAGAGAAGAGGUUGCAAAUACACUUGGUUGUGAAGAUCUUCUGUAUUUGGGGAAAACGUACGGAUGUGCGUCUGAUUUCAAAGUAGCUUUGCUUAGGUACUCUCUUCGAUCAAGGUAUGAUAUCAAGCUCUAUAAGUCUUGUGCUAAGGCGCUUGGUGCAAAAUGCUCUGAUGUAGAGUCUAAGUGUCCUUGGAGAAUUUAUUGUUCAUAUGAAAGAAGAAGACAUAAGAUGCAAGUGAAAGUAUUUGUGAAUGAGCAUUGUUGCAUUAGAUCAGGGUACUCGAAGAUGUUGAAGACUUCUUCUAUUGCCACGCUCUUUGAGGAAAGACUAAGAAUAAAUCCUAAGUUUACUAGGACAGAGAUGGCCGAUGAGAUACAAAGAGAAUAUAAUCUCACUGUCACGGAGGAGCAGUGUGGAAAAGCGAAGGCUAAGCUUUACAGAGAAAGGAAAGCCAGUCAUGAAGAUCACUUUUCUCGGAUUUGGGACUAUCAAGCUGAAGUCCUAAAAUCUAAUCAGUACUCCACUAUGAAGAUUGAGACUGUUCCAGGGCCUGUGGUAGGAAGCAAACAGAGAUUUGAUCGUCUUUACAUGUGUUUUACAGCUCAAAGAGAGACUUGGAUUGAAACUUGUAGACCCAUCAUUGGUUUAGAUGGAGCAUUUCUCAAAUGGGAUAUAAAAGGACACUUAUUGGCUGCUGUUGGAAGAGAUGGUGACAAUAGAAUAGUUCCAAUUGCUUGGGCUGUUGUGGAGGUUGAGAAUAACAUAAACUGGGAGUGGUUUGUGAGAUUGUUGAAGGAAGAUUUGGGAUUACAAGAUGGCUCCAAAUUCACCAUUAUUUCAGACAAACAAAAGGGCUUAGUGAAUGCUGUUAAAAAUGAACUACCAGAAGCAGAACAUCGAAUGUGUGCAAGACACAUAUUGUCAAACUGGAAAAGAGACAGCAAGGAUCCUGAGUUGGAGCGUAUGUUUUGGGUAAUAGCUGGCUGCUACACCAUAGGAGAGUUUGAAGACGCUUUAGAGGUAUUGAAGAAAUAUAACAAAGGUGCAUGGGACACUCUUCAACUACAGAACCCGAGAACAUGGAGUAGGGCAUUCUUUAGAAUUGGGUCGUUUUGCAAUGAUAACCUCAACAACCUCUGUGAGUCUUUCAAUAAAACUAUUAGGGAAGCAAGGAAAAAGCCAUUGCUUGACAUGCUAGAGGAUAUUAGGAGGCAAUGUAUGGUUCGUCAUGCAAAGAGAGCUAUUCUUGCAAAUAGGUUGAAAACUCAUUUUACUGAGAAGGUGCACACUGAGAUUGAACUCAAUAAAGAGAAAGCUAGAGAAUGUAGAAGGUUUAUUGCUUGUGGAAACGUGCAUGAGAUUGAUGACCAUAACGUUGCUUAUCGUGUGGACAUGGAUCUCAAAACAUGUGGGUGUAUAAAAUGGCAGCUCACUGGAAUCCCUUGUAUCCAUGCUAGUUGUGUUAUUAGAGCCAAGAAGAUUAGGACAGAAGAUUAUGUUGCUGGCUAUUACACAGCUCAAAAGUGGCGACAAACAUACUCCCGUGGGAUUACUCCUGUCCAAGGUAUGAAGUUAUGGCCUCGGUUAAAUAGGUUAGGAGUUUUGCCACCGCCAUUUAGAGUAGGGAACCGUGGAAGACCAAGUAAUUAUAAUAGGAAGAAAGGCCUUAAUGAGUCUUCAUCCAAGGCUACCAAGAUGACACGAGACAGGAGAGUCAUCACAUGCUCAAAUUGUCAUGUCGAAGGUCAUAACAAGGUGACUUGCCCUAAUGACACAGUUGAGAGUGCUCCAAAAAGGCCAAGAGGCCGACCAAGAAAGGAUUUGGGAGAAUACUCUCAAGCACAAGGACUCUCUCAAGAGUCAUCUCAACCCUCGCAAGUGUGA